AUGUCUGACAAACGAUCAACUGUCCUAUACAAGGACUCCAAUGGAGAAAAAUAUGGGUUCAUCGAGAAGACUGACAACGAUCGAAAUCGAUAUCUCGUUGUUCCUUUUGGCUCAGAUUCAAAGCUUUGGGUUUCUAAAGGGGAUACUAAACAACUUCAAAAGGAUAUAAAUAACGAUUUCGUAAAAUUAUCGUUGGACUGGGCAAUUAAUUAUCUCGAAGAAGUUGAGAAAAAUGUCACCACCACUAACGUUGAUGAUUCCUCCAAAUCUGAUGAAGAAAUUCCUCAAUCAGGGAGUGUUAUUUCAGACCAUGUAGAAGCUGGAAUCUCAACUUGCAGCAACUGGUUACUCCUCGUACCUAAUUGGGAAAUUGACCAGGUUUGCGUUUGUCGUUGGGACUACGAUAAUGAAUGGUACUUCGGUGUCAUAUGGGCGAUUUUUCCUGAGAAUCGUACGGUUGAUGUGUGCUUUCUUUACUACGAAAAUUCCCAGAAGUUUGUUCCAAUUGAUGAAAUACAUCCAGUUAACUCCACAACAAUCGAUUGGGUCAAGGAUGACUACAAUGCUGCUGCCGCCUCUCAAAUACUUGGUGUAAAUUGGCCUGUUAGACAAACCACAGAGGAAGUAAUCUAUGAGGGGUCAGAACCAACCUCAAUGGCCUCUGAAGAGAAGAAGGAAGUGAAACCGAAAAAGACAAAGAAACGGAAGGGAAAUUCACCACUCUCUGAGGGCAGGGUAAACAUACCUGAAAUUUCUCGCAUUUGGCUGUCUUUGAUGGAGAAAGAAUGUGGUUCUGAGACUUCUUCUCUUCGCAGAUUGAUUUUGAGCCAGUAUCAAUUAGGCUACAAUGCUGGCUUCAAAAUGGGCUUGAAGACUCGAGGUGGAGCUGUGGGGGAAUGGAGGCAAUAA